AGUCCCUUCGUGGUCCUUCUCACUGCUGCUUUCAGGGUUCCCUCAGAGCAACAGCGGUCAUCAUGCAGGCAGUGGGCAGAAGUGUAGCAGUGGCAGUGGUGAUGGUGGGAGUGCUCGCCGCAACCACCACCGCCCACGUAAUGGGUCUGGGAACCUGCAGGAAAUUUGACGGGAUGAAAGACUUCGACCCUGCUCGAUUCAGCGGGACCUGGUACGUCAUGAACAAGCUCGGGACGCGGAGUGAUUGCCUCUCUGUGACCUACAACCUAACGGAGGACGGCCAGGGGUUCAGGGUGCAGGAGGUGCGGCGGCCGCCCUAUAGUGACAUCAGCCCUCUCAACUUGGUGGUCACUAACGUUGGCUCGCUGAGGACCAGUGGUGCUGCUUCUGAGUUUACUGCCACGUGGGAAAACAGCUUCCUGCCCGACAUGCAGAGUGACUACAGAGUGAUGGACACUGACUAUGACACAUACGCCAUUGACUACGAAUGUCACCAGGUGGCGUUCAUCAGGCGACAGUCGGCCACCAUCCUCAGCAGGCAGAAGGAGCUGGACCCUGAAGAGAUUGAGAAGCUCAAGGACACACUGAUAACAAAGUUUGACGUUCCGGGGGAGCGUCUGAACAAGAUCGACCAAAGCACUUGCAUCGACACUGACGCAAAUGAUUUCAAUGUGGUCAUUGAUGAACAAGGAUUGUCCAACGCUUACCAGGAAAUGAGUAGACUGUCAAAGCUUCCUCAAAAUGAGGCAGUAAAGGAAAUUGCUAAGAUAGGAGAGUAGAAAUCAUCUCCCAUUUUUUCCUAGAUUGCUUAGGUAAAACUGCUCAUCAAACAUUGGUCUUGUAAGCAAAUGGUAUGUUAUGAACUCGGUUUAAGUAUAAUUGUAAGUGUGUUUCGCUACGCUCCAUCUGAAGAACACACAACACAGUUUUUGUUUAGUAAUGGAACAUCUCUGGUUAAGGUUUACCUUGUUAAAUUUGCUCCGUUGUGAUUUGAAUAAAAUUCGGAUUUAUUA